AUGGUGAGGGGGAAGGUCCAAAUGAAGAGGAUCGAGAACGCAUCGAGUCGGCAGGUGACAUUUUCGAAGAGGAGGAACGGGCUGUUGAAGAAGGCCUAUGAGCUCUCGGUGCUUUGUGAUGCUGAAGUUGCUUUGAUAAUUUUCUCUCAAAAGGGGAGACUUUAUGAGUUUGCAAGCUCCAACAUGCAGAUGACGAUCGAGAAAUACCUUGAACUUACAAAAGAACGAAAUUCCGGCGUAGAACUCGAACAGCAAAUGCAGCUAAAGCAUGAAGCAGUAUACUUGGCCAAGAAAAUAGAGUUUUUGGAGAAUACCCACCGGAAGCUGUUAGGGCAUAAUCUCGGUACGUGUUCUUUGGAAGAACUUCACGAAAUUGACAACCAAUUGGAGAGAAGCCUAAAAAACAUAAGGUCGCGGAAGGCUCAAGUAUUCAAGGAGGAAAUAGAGAAACUACAGGCAAAGGAGAAGUUUCUACUAGAGGAAAAUGGAAGACUAUCUGAAAAGAUUGGAUUGAAUCGAAAUCGCGAAAUGGAAAAACCGAAAGAAUUUGGGAAAUGCAGCCAAAGUACUACACAGAGCUCUGAAGUUGGCAAAGCUGCGACUCGCGGUAGACCAGAAAGAGCAAACAAUUCAGGUGGAAUCAUGGCGCUGUCGACCAAGGAGAAGGACAUACAGAUGCUGCUGGCGGCCGAAGCUCAUCUCGGCACCAAAAACUGCAACUUUCAGAUGGAGCGCUAUGUAUUCAAGCGCAGAAAUGAUGGAAUUUACAUCAUCAACCUUGGCAAAACCUGGGAAAAGCUUCAGUUAGCUGCCAGGGUCAUUGUCGCAAUCGAGAACCCUCAAGACAUUAUUGUCCAGUCAGCCAGGCCAUAUGGUCAGAGGGCUGUCCUAAAGUUUGCACAAUACACUGGAGCCCACGCAAUUGCUGGACGUCACACUCCUGGUACCUUUACAAAUCAGCUUCAGACUUCCUUUAGUGAACCGCGGCUUCUCAUCCUUACUGAUCCCAGGACUGAUCACCAGCCAAUUAAGGAGGCUGCUCUGUCUAACAUCCCCACCAUUGCCUUCUGUGACACUGAUUCCCCAAUGAGGUACGUUGAUAUCGGUAUUCCAGCCAACAACAAGGGGAAACACAGCAUUGGCUGCCUCUUUUGGCUGUUGGCCAGGAUGGUGCUCCAGAUGCGCAGUCUCAUUGCUCCUGGCCACAAAUGGGAGGUCAUGGUUGAUCUAUUCUUCUACCGGGAGCCUGAGGAGUCUAAGGUUGAAGAAGAAGAGGAAGUUGGAGCUGUCCCAGAUUAUGCUGAUUAUUCGGGCACUGCUGCUGCAAUUGGAGGUGCUGACUGGUCGAGUGCCCAAAUCACAGAUGCUCAAUGGCAAGCUGCUCCUGAUGUUCCUGCUGGUGCUGUAGGUGGUUGGACUGCUGCAGAUACAACAGUUGUUGCUGAUGGAGGGUGGGACUCUGCUGCUCCUCCUCAGGUGGCUGUUGAAGGAGGAAUACCUGCUGCAGUUGCUUCUACCGGCUGGGAGUAA